AUGGUACACCCGAUCAAAGUUCAGCUGAACGAUCUUAUGGUGAAGAGGGAGGAAUUUGAAGCAGAUGUCUCUUUGCGAUCUGAGCGAUUGGACGCUGCAGGAGUUGGAUUGCAUGGAAGUCUCUUGGACAAAGAGGGCUACCCAAGAGCUGAUAUCGAUAUAAUGUCCAUCAGGACAGAUCGGAAAAGGAUAGCAGAGCUUACAAACGACCACAAGUCCGUCACAAACCAGAUUGAGAAGUUGAUCCAGGAGCUGCAUGCUGCAACAAAGGACAGCAAGCCAAGCCAUGAUCGGCCAUCAGCACCUGCAGCAAGUACAACAGACAAGCCUCCCGAACAAUCCAAUGGAAUUGCAGCACCUGUUCCCGCUGGCAGACCCGUGCAUGCAGCGCAGUAUUCACGCCCCCUUGCAGUGGUCGAUGGUGUGUCAGAGGCGUCCCCUGCCAGCAGAGCAGGCAUACAGGUCGGUGAUGCGCUGGUCAGUUUGGGCGGAGCUAGCUGGGAGUCUGGAACCAUCUCCCUACAGCAGAUCGCAGCAGCGGUCCAGGCCAGCGAAGGCAAGGAGGUGCCAGCGAUUGUGUUGCGGCAGGGAGAGACGGUGUCCCUGAAGCUGACUCCAGAGCGGUGGGCAGGCCAGGGGCUUCUGGGCUGCCAUCUGCGACCGAUUGGGGACACGACACGCGGGUGA